AACAAAUUCAAAUUAAAGAAGCUAGCCUUAGAAGUGAAUUAGCUAUUGAUUAUGAAGACAUUAGUAAAUUUGUACAUAAUUCUUUGAUUUCUCUAGAAGGCUCAAAUGACAAUUAUGAAAGUGAUACUUUAGAGUUUUAUAUGAAUUUUGAUGUUUAUUUAGAGAAUAAAGAAUCAACAAAAUAUGAAGAACUAAACUAUGAAAAUAACUUUGUACUUAACAGUGAUGAUAAUAAAGAAAAUUCAGAUGAAGAGUAA